ACAUCCCCCUUCUUCUUGAUCUCACGAUGAGUUCCCAGACGAGAUUCUGUACAUUCAACUACAAGGGCACGCACGAGACGCCCGAAGUAAUCCGCGAUGUUGAAAACUUCAUCGGCAAUGAAAUCCUGCCGUCCAAAACAUCCAAAUGGAUUGAAGUCCACGACCCAGCCACAAACACCAUCGUCUGUCGAGUCCCAGAAUCAAACCCAGAAGAGCUCAGGGCCGCAGUUCUCUCAUCCCAGGAUGCAUUCCCAGAAUGGAGCAGCACAAGCAUCAUGAAACGCCAGCAGCUCAUGUUCAAGCUGACCAACUUAGUCCGCGAGAACAUGGACACCCUGGCAAUCUCAAUCGUAACCGAACAGGGGAAAACAAUGGCAGAUGCACGCGGCGAUGUCCUUCGUGGCCUGCAAGUCUGCGAAACCGCCUGCGGUAUCACCACCCAACUCCCUGGCGAAGUCCUAGAGGUGGCAAAGGACAUGGAGACCCGAUCCUACCGUCUCCCGCUAGGCGUCACCGCAGCCAUCUGUCCCUUUAAUUUCCCCGCAAUGAUCCCGCUCUGGAGUCUCCCUAUCGCUGUUGUGACAGGGAACUGCAUGAUCCUAAAGCCGACAGAGCGUGCCCCGGGCGCCGCAAUGCUCCUCGCGGAACUGUGUAAAGAGGCCGGAUUUCCUCCUGGCGUGGUGAACGUCAUUCACGGCUCAAAGCCCGCUGUCGAGUUUAUCCUCGACGCCCCUGAGAUCCACGCAAUCUCGUUCGUAGGCUCGAAUCGCGCCGGCGAGUAUAUUUACAACCGUGGCACGGCGAAUGGGAAACGCGUGCAGGCGAAUCUGGGCGCUAAGAACCAUGCUGCUAUCUUACCGGAUAGUAAUAAAGAGCAUGCCCUGAACGCGAUUGCUGGCGCUGCUUUUGGUGCGGCGGGGCAAAGAUGUAUGGCUCUUAGUGUGCUAAUGACUGUUGGUUCUGCUCGCGACUGGAUCCCGGAUCUUGUGGAGAAAGCAAAGCAGUAUAAAGCGGGCAGUGGAUUUGAUAGCAAUUCAGAUCUCGGGCCCUUGAUUACUCCCCAGAGUCGGGACCGCUGUAUUGAGCUGAUCACCAGUGCUGAACAAGAGGGUGCCACGGUGUUGGUGGAUGGACGGGACUUCAAGGCACAUAGUUUCCCCAGGGGGAACUGGGUCGGUCCCACCGUAAUUACAGGCGUACGCCCAGAUAUGAAGUGCUACAAAGAAGAAAUCUUCGGACCUGUGCUGCUUUGCAUGGAAACCGAUACUCUGAACACAGCAAUAGACGUCAUAAAUGCGAAUGACUGGGGCAAUGGAGCAGUGAUCUUCACGCAAUCCGGUUCUGCUGCAUCACACUUUACAAAGACGAUCGAGGCUGGCCAGGUUGGCAUCAACGUGCCUAUUCCUGUUCCGCUUCCUAUGUUCUCUUUUACCGGGAACAAGCGUAGUGUGGGUGGGACCGGGCUGCUUAAUUUCUACGGUAAAGAUGGUCUGCGGUUUUACACGCAGUGGAAGACGGUUACGUCGCUGUGGAGGUCUGAAGAUGCUACAGAGCUGCAGAAGCCGACUUACAUGGUGUAGACAUGGAGUACAUUUAACUGUAACACACCAGAGGCGCAGGACUGACGGCAGCAAUAUAUACUUGCUACAUAUUCGAUGGUUGUCUUUUGUUAUCGAAUAUGGAUAGUUAGACCGCAGAGCCUG